CCUAAAACCAGAGAAAAUAAUAACAUAUGCGAGAGAAAAAAAAAAGAGAAGGAAAAAAAAAGCUUAAAAUUGUCCGGACGAAGGGCUGAGAGAGCAUCAGGAAUGGCUUCCACAGCUUCCUCAUUCCUCUCCCCAGCUGGUCUAUCAGUCCAAGGCUGGGCAAUGAAGAGAAAAGCCGGACGAUCGAGCCGGUCGCUGUCUGUAGCCGCGCAGCAGCAGCAGCAGCAGCAGCAGCAGCAGCAAGAACUGCUCCAAGAACAAGAACAGCAGAAGCCAAGUGAUCAAACCAGCUUGCCGCAGCAGCAGCAGCAGCAGAAGCCGGCAGCAGCAGCAGCUGGUGUGCAGCAGCAGCAGAAGCCGGCAGCAGCAGCAGCUGGUGUGCAGCAGCAGCGGCUGGCGAAGAGUAAGAACAUGAGCAGGGAGUACGGCGGGCAGUGGCUGAGCAGCGUCACGCGCCACGUGAGGAUCUAUGCGGCGUACAUCGACCCCGUCACCCACGCCUUCGACCAGACCCAGAUGGACAAGCUCACCCUCCUCCUCGACCCCGGCAACGAGUUCGUGUGGAGCCCCGAGGCAUGCCAGAAGGUCUAUUCCUGCUUCCAGGAGCUCGUCGACCAUUACGAGGGAGCUCCCCUGUCGGAGUACACGCUCCGUUUAAUAGGUUCGGACCUCGAGCACUACAUACGCAAGUUGCUCUAUGACGGGGAGAUCAAGUACAACAUGAAUGCGCGGGUCCUCAACUUCAGCAUGGGAAAGCCGCGUGUCAAAUUCAACAGCAGCCAAAUCCCAAAUGUACAAUAGAAUGCCAUAAACUUUGUAAUCUAUGAUUCUGAUUGAUGCGAAAGCAAAAUGUAUACACACGGCGCACCAAUCAUUAACCAGUGCCCAAGCAUGAUGUUACUAGAAACGAAAAUCCCAGGUUGAGCAUAUACAUUUACAAAAAGAACCAUAGCUUUUAACCCCGAUAGUUAAUUUAUA